ACUUACAAAUCCCACAUAAAAAAUAGAAACUUUUUUUGUCCCAAAAUAAAAUUAUUUGAAAGGUUGAUUAAAAUAGGGCUUCAAUUCAAUUUUCUGUCCUUUUUAGCUUUUGGCUUUGGAUCUAUCGCUUGCCACCAAUUCUUCUCCAUUUAACUUCACCCUUUACUGAAAUUUAGGAUUUGGUUAUUGCUGAAGCUAUACAAAGGAUCCAAAAAUGGAUUAUUGUGGUGAUUUUAUAGAAUUGCUUGGACCUGAUAUUUCUACGAAGAUUCUCAUGAAUCUGGUUAGCCCUUCUGAUCUCAUUAGGGUUAGCUUGGUUUCUAGUUCUUGGCAUCAAUUUGUGAUUGAAAAUGGUCUUGGUAAACAGCUUUGCCUGAAAUUAUUUCCUGAAAUUUCCGGUAUUGUUCAUACCAUUGAGAUGAACAACUUGAUAGAUACCGUUGGACAUAAACAGGAUGAUUGUGAUGAGUUGGAAUGUCUUAGGAAGAAUCAUAGAAUCUAUACCUUGUUGGCUCGAGCGUUUAACCCUUUCGUAAGAAAAGAUUGUAUAUCGGAUGCCAUUAUUGCAUCGAGCACAGAUAAUUACCCAGAGGAAAGCAUCAAUAAUACUUUGGAGCCAUUUGAUAGAAUAGACACCAGAGCAUCGUAUUGGUCGAGUGAAGGGCAAAACAAUCCUGCCGUCCCCGAGACUUUACUUUAUAAGUUGAUGACCAAGAUGUGUAUCGUUACAGAAAUCCAUGUUCAGCCAUUCCAAGCUUAUUUUCAGUACGGCUUCCCAAUAUACUCGUCUAAGGCUGUCAGAUUUAGAAUGGGUCAUAAAUUGCAGAGCGAAAUGACGGAUAGUUCGACUUCUAGUAAUAAAUGGGCAGAUGACGAGCUCAUUUGGACAUAUACUUCACCAGAAUUUCCAAUGGUUCAGGAAAAUUGCUUACAAAAAUUCAAGCUACCAGAGCCUGUUCUUUGCAUUGGAGGAUAUAUGCAAGUUGAGUUACUCGGUAGAGUUCAGAGACAAGAAAUGGAUGGUUUAUAUUAUAUAUGUAUCUCCCAUGUUCAAGCUGUUGGACGACCGCUUUUUCCAAGGUUUGAUAUAGAGAUGCUUGAUUCAUCAGGGAGGUGUGCUUUGAAGUACUUGCCCGAAACAGGGAAAUGUACACUUUCUUCACAACCACUUACACGGGAAAAUGGUGCAUCUUCUCGUUUUCGUACAUUCACUGCAAGAUUAUUACAGAGAGGCACAAGAGGUUGGGAACAAAUGUUAUUGAAUACAUUACUCCAGGCAAGGGCAGGUCGUGCUAACGAUGCAGAUGAUGAACCACCCCCUGCUUCACCCUAAGAAUUGUUCAUAACAGUUACAGUAUGGUUUCUGUAUUUCUGCUUGCCCUGACAUCAGAUUCUGUUACUGCAAAUAAGAAGAUAGUGAACCUGAAAAAACUGACUGGAAAUCCUGUAUCAGAGUUUUUAUACAUUUUGUUGCUAAAGUGAUGUAGUUGAGCUGUGAUGAGCAAAAUAUGAGCCAUGCAUGAAUCAAAUGGAGGGCAAAUUUAAUGAUCAUUUACUUACAGCCCAGUUCCUGUAUUAAAAAUCAAUCAGAUUGUAUUAUACUUACAUUGGAUAAAUUAAUUUCUGUAUCUCAGCUCAAAAAGCAACAUAAAUUUUCUAUUAAAAUUUUCAUUCAUUCUACUACUAAAA